AUGGAAGAUGUCAAUGUUCCAUUCGUCGAAGUUCAUUAUGUUACCAUCCAAAAGGUUGGCGAUAUACCAAUCGUGAAAGGGGAUUUUCAAGAACUCCCACCUCAAGUUCAAAAAUGGGUUGCUCAAAUGGUACAACUGUGUACUCCACGUGGUGUAUACAUUUGUGAUGGAUCUGACGAAGAAGCUGAAAUGGUUACACAAAAACUUGUUGAGCGUGGUACUUUAACCAAGUUGACCAAAUAUGAGAAUAAUUACAUUUGCUGGACUGACCCGCGGGAUGUUGCACGUGUAGAAUCAAAAACCUUCAUUGUUACCGAUGAUAAAUAUGCUUCUGUUCCACAUUCACGCGAAGGCACCAACUGUGUGCUUGGUUUAUGGAUGUCACCUGAAGAAAUGAAAGGACAACUCGAUGAUCGUCUUCCCGGAUGUAUGUCUGGACGCAUGAUGUAUAUUAUCCCAUUCAGCAUGGGACCCAUCGGCUCGCCAUUGAGCAAAAUCGGUGUACAAGUAACCGAUUCAAAUUAUGUCUUACUUUCUAUGAGAGUUAUGACACGAGUUUCUUCGGAAAUUUGGAAACAUUUGAAACAUGGUGAAGAAUUUGUUAAAUGUCUUCAUUCCAUGGGUUGCCCUCGUCCAGUCGAGCGGCUAGUCAUUAAACAUUGGCCCUGCAAUCCAGAAAAAACGCUCAUUGUCCAUUUUCCCGAUAUUCGAAAAGUAAUCAGUUAUGGUUCAGGCUAUGGUGGCAAUAGUUUACUUGGUAAAAAAUGCUUUGCCUUACGUAUUGCUGGCCGUAUUGCUUAUGAUGAAGGAUGGUUGGCUGAACAUAUGUUAAUCAUGUCCAUCACUAAUCCAAAAGGCGAAGAGAAAUUCGUUGCUGCAGCAUUUCCAUCAGCUUGCGGAAAAACUAAUCUAGCAAUGUUAACACCAGCUAUUCCCGGUUACACUGUUCGUGUUGUCGGUGAUGAUAUUGCAUGGAUGAGAUUUGAUAAACAAACAGGAGAAUUGCGCGCGAUCAAUCCUGAAGCUGGUUUCUUUGGUGUUGCACCUGGUACAAAUAUGAAAACCAAUCCGAAUGCAAUUCUAACAUGUUUGAAAAAUUCCAUAUUUACCAACGUUGGCGAAACAGCCGACGGUGGAUUUUACUGGGAGGGUCUCGAAGAUGAAACACCAGCAGGCACUGAAAUCACCUCGUGGACUGGCGAGAAAUAUAUUUUAGGAGAAGAUAAAACAAAGAAAUCGAGUCAUCCAAAUGCAAGAUUCUGUUGUCCGGCACGACAAUGUCCUAUUAUACACGAUAAAUGGGAAGAUCCAGCUGGUGUCCCCAUAUCUGCAAUUAUUUUCGGUGGACGACGACCUGAAGGUGUUCCGCUCGUUAUUGAAUCAUUUGAUUGGAAGCAUGGUGUAUUUCUUGCUUCACAAUUGAAAUCUGAAACAACAGCAGCCGCUGAACAUACUGGAAAACAGGUCAUGCACGAUCCUUUUGCCAUGAGACCAUUUGUCGGUUAUAACUUCGGCCAUUACAUUCAACAUUGGUUAGACUUUGAAAAAGAUCCAAACAAUAAAUUACCAAAGAUAUUUCAUGUCAACUGGUUCCGUUUGGAUGAAAACAAGAAAUUUCUCUGGCCAGGUUUCGGUGACAAUAUCCGUGUACUUGACUGGAUCAUUCGUCGAACAAAUGGUGAAGACAUCGCCGAAGCAUCACCCGUUGGAUUGCUACCAAAGAAAGAUUCAAUUAAUCUUCAAGGUUUAGUUAUCGAUUGGGAUAAAUUGAUGAGUAUACCGAAAGAUUAUUGGGUUAAUGAUAUUCAAGAAACAUUAAAAUGGCUCGAUGACCAACUAGGAGAUGAUUUACCAAAGGAUAUUCGCGACCAGAUCGAGAAGCAAAAAGAACGUCUAUCACAAUUGAAAUGA